GCGGGGGCGGGGGCGGCGGCGGUGAAGGAGGGGACGGCGUCAGCGGCGGCGUUGGCGGGGAGAGCGCCCGAGCGGUGUCUAAAGGCGAGUGACGGACGCCGGCAGCUGCGGGGCGCGGCGGCGCCGCGGGCCGUGGCGAGGGUGGCGAGGACGACGCCUCCGGCAGCCGUCCUCCUCCUCAUCCUGCGGCACCAUAGCGCAUGGUGCGUCGAGGACUCGCCCGCCGACGGGGGACGGAGCGGUUCACAUCGAGGCGACGCGGGCGGGCGGGCGAUCGCGCGAGGGCCGCUUGGAUCCCGAUGCGCGCGUGGAGUACUGGGCGUCGCGGGCGAGUGCGGGCGGCGUCGCGGCGGCGGCAGGGGACGGCGACGGUGGCGGCGCGGCGCGGUGGCGCGCGGCGGCAACGGAGACCCGGCGUGCACGGCGCCCCGUGGCGUACUGGGGCGAGGCCGGACGGCGGUGGCGGCGGCGGCGGCGGCGGCGCCGGAGGGGGGGGAGCCCCCCGCCACCGCCACCGCGCCACCCCCUUCGCUUUGCUCCGCAAAUCAGCCGAAAACGUUCAGUUAUAAAGACGAAGUAAAAAAAAAGAGAAAAGAAAAAUCUGCAGAUGGGGAGAGAAGAAAAGGAUUGCGCAAAAGAACCACGAAAUGUCCGCCACGGCUCGGCGGGUGCGGGGCGCGCAGGCCAAAGUAUAUGUGUAAUGAUGAUUCACGUUACUGCACUUGGCGCGCGGCGCCGCAGUCGCGCUGGCGCGGGGUGGCGGUGGUGGCGACAGUGGAGGCGGAGAAGGCGGUGGCGGCGGAGAAGGCGGUGGUGGCGGAAGAGGAGAAGAAGGCAGUGGCGGCGGAGGAGAAUGCGGCGUCGGAGGAGGAGGCGGCAGCGGUGGGGAAAACGGUGGCGGCGAAGAAGACGGCGGCGGAGGAAAAGGCGGCGGCGGCGGAGGUGGAGGAGAAGACGCCCCGGCGCAGGAGGAUGGCGCGGCGAGGGCGCGGCGGGGGUGGAGGAGGAGGGGGCAGCGGCGGCGGGGGAGGAGGAGAGGAGGAAGAGGACGGACGAAGGCGCGGCGGCGGCGGCGGGCGGUGGCGGCGGCGGAGGCGGAGGCGGCGGCGGCGGCGGCGCGCGGGCGGCGGGCGGCGGAGUGAGGGAGGGCGGGAGCCGGAGAGGCGGGAGCGGAGGAGGCGGGAGCGGAGGAGGCGGCGGGGGGGGGUGCACGUGAUUAUAGGUGCAAUAAGAGAGCAGCGGGCUGUGCGGCGCAGGCGGCGGCGACAGCUGAGGUUGACGGCAAGGCGCCGCGCUGCCAUGGCAGAGGCGGUGAUAGGAGGAGGGAAGGGGCUGCAGUUGUGUUUAAUGGAGGCGGAGAGGUGA